AUGGGUUGGUUUGACCACGACGACUCGGACCAGCGCAACGCGUACGACCAGGUGCAGAACGCUCCCCGCGAGGCGAGCUUUGGACACGAGCUGGUCGGCGGCGCGGCUGCCUUUGCCGCCAUGAGGGCCUACGAGAACCACCAGCAAGCCAACGGCAAGCCCCAGUCGUUCGAGCUUGCCAAGGAGGUCAUGGCUGGCUUGGCAGGCAUGGAGGUCGACAAGCUCGUCGAGACCAAGGGCCUUAACGGAGUCGACCGCGAGCGCGCAAAGUGGGAGGCGCGUGAGCAGGCCCAGAAUGCGCUCGCCCAGUCCGGACAGUACGGGCAGCAGGACUAUCAGCGCCAAGACUAUGGCGGCCAGCAGCAGAACAACUGGUAG